UACUGUGUGAGCUGUGAUUGGUCACAGCUUGUCACAUGGUACAAGGCUGUUGUGAAUAGCUCUGUACCAUGUGAUCUCUGUGAUCAUUCACAGAUUUCACACGUAGUAAGCAAUUAUGUCAGAAGUGACAUCUUACUUACUACUCUGCAUGUGAUCACUAAUUGGCCAAUCAGUGAUCACAUGGGUGGGACCUCACACAGAGGUCCCGUACAGCGAUCUGUGUACCAUUGUGUCCGGAGGGCAGGGAGCGUGCACAGGCAAUGGGUGUCGCGUGCUCCCAGGGAGCGCGCACAGUCCAAAAUGGCGGGCGCCGUUUAUGAACGGCAACCCGCUCCUGCACUGCUCCCGUCCGGCCGUUUAUAUACAUGGAUGGGCCGGACGGGAAGUGGUUAA